AUGAGAUGAACUCAUCUGUUUCUCUUCGUCCACUUUCAGAAGUUGUGUGAGAAAACAGAGGUGGUUUUUUAUUUCAGAGCAGUUAGAAGAAGUUGUUGGCGUCUGUGUGCAGAUAAAGAUCUGUUCAGCUCGUUCAGACCGUGUUCACAUUAGAAGAAGAGGAGGAUGAAACAGAGAGAGAGUUUGAAGAAGAUGAGGAUGAAGGAGCGUGUGAGAGCGGAGAGGAGGAGAGAGGAAUGAUACGUGUGAAUUAGAGAGAGAGAGAGAGAGAGAGACUAUGGGAGACGGGGGGAGGGAGAGGGGAGGAGGGGAGAAGGAGAGAGGGAGACUCUCUCGCUGCUCCGCUUCUCUAGUUUUGGCUCCGGAGACGCGGAGGACGCAGCGAACUGUCCCGGCUCCCCCUCGAUGGUUCACCGCAGCCCGGAGGAGGGACAGACCUUCCACAGAACCCCGGAAACCAGCACCCAGGAGCCGCGCGCACUCUGACAGAUGUAAGCCUCCUCUGGCCCCACCAACUUUCACAUUUAAACAAAAAAAAAAAGAAAAGGAAAAGGAAAAGGAAAAGGCGCAUCCAGGUAAACUCCGGGAGAAACCUAACGGAGCGUCCGCGCGUCUCUCCCCGCCCACCGCUGCCUCUGCUUCGGACACAGACCACGCACCGGACCGCGGAUCUUAAACACUCUCUGGACUAAUCCGGAUUAUUAUUAUUACUGUUUAUUCACUUUUUUUCUCCUCGACGCCUGGUUUACAAACUAAAGCAAAGAGCGCAUCGUGGAGCCAUGCUGAAGCCCGGUGACCCCAGCGGCUCGGCCUUCCUGAAGGUGGACCCGUCCUACCUGCAGCACUGGCAGCAGCUCUUCCCUCAGGCUCAGCUCAAAGCUCCUCUGGCACCGCCGCCUCCGCCCGACCGCCUCUCCAUCCCCAUGGACGCCCUGCGCCCCAGCCGCCUGCACAGCCACCUCCUGGCCUCCACGCACUGCGCGUCCUCCUCCUCCUCCUCCUCCACGUCCUCCUCCUCCGUAGCCUCCUCUUCAGCGGCGGCGGCAGCAGCGGCGGUGGCGGCAGCUCUCACCCCGUCCUCCUCCAUCUCCAUCUCCACCUCUGCAGGGCUCUCCCAGCUCCCCGUGCCCCAGCAGAUCGCUCUGUUCGGGCAGGCGCUGGCCCCCGUGUGCACCGGGCCUGGAGCAGGAGGAGGAGGAGGAGGAGGAGGAGGAGCAGGAGGAGCAGGAGGAGAUCUGGUCGUGGUGGUUCCUCCUGAGAACCAGCAGGGUCACAACCCGGCAGCGGGGCUUCUCCAUCAGGCCAAAGAGCAGAGCUGUGGGGGUGUUGGGGUGGUGUCGUCCAGCGUGAAGAGCAGCGGCGGAGGAGGAGGAGGUGGAGGAGGUGGAGGAGGUGCAGGAGGAUGCAGCAGUGAGGACCGGGGAGGAGAAGGAGGCGGUAAAGGGUCCAGGUUCAAGUUGACGUCGGAGGAGCUGGACUAUUACCUGUACGGACAACAGAGGAUGGAGAUCAUCCCCCUGAGCAACCACACGGGAGAACUCAACAACCGCUGCGACAUGUGUGCAGACAACAGGAACGGCGAGUGUCCGAUGCACGGCCCGCUUCACUCCCUGCGCCGCCUGGUCGGAACCAGCAGCACCCCGGCGCCCGUCACCCUCCCGGACGUCCCUGAUUGGCUGAGAGACCUGCCCCGAGAGGUUUGUCUCUGCACCAGCACGGUUCCUGGUCUGGGAUACGGGAUCUGUGCGUCCCAGAGGAUCCCUCAGGGAACCUGGAUCGGCCCGUUCCAGGGCGUCCCGCUGCUCCUGGACAAGCUGCAGGCGGGAACCGUGAGGAACAGUAGACACCUGUGGGAGAUCUAUGAUGCAGAGGGGACGUUACAGCACUUUAUUGAUGGUAAUGAUCCGAGUAAGUCCAGCUGGAUGAGGUACAUUCGCUGCGCCAGACACUGUGGGGAACAGAACAUGAUGGUCGUACAGUACCGGUCCUGUAUCUUCUACAGAGCGUGCAUGGACAUCCCCAGAGGAACCGAGCUGCUGGUUUGGUACAACGACUCCUACACCUCCUUCUUUGGGAUCCCGCUGCAGUGCAUCGCUCAGGACGAGAACUUAAAUGUCCCGGCCACCGUGAUGGAGGCCAUGAGCAGACAGGAGUCCCUCCAGUCCUUCAGCAAAAACGGCAAACCCUCCUCCUCCUCCUCCUCAUCCACGUCGUCGUCCUCCUCCUCCUCCACCCCCACCGCCUCCCUCAUGCGCUCCAUGGUCUUCCCCCACUCCCCGUGCCCCCGGAGCUUCUCCCUCCUGGACAAGGUCGGCGUCGGGACUCAGUCGGACUCCAGCUUCAGCCAGUUGGCCUCGAAGAACCAGCGGGUCCUGGCCAGCCCGACCUCCACCAGCCAGCUCAGCAGCGAGUUCAGCGACUGGCACCUGUGGAAAUGUGGCCAGUGCUUCAAAACCUUCACCCAGAGAAUCCUGCUGCAGAUGCACGUCUGCCCGCAGAACCCCGACAGGCCGUACCAGUGUGGACACUGCUCCCAGUCCUUCUCUCAGCCGUCGGAGCUGAGGAACCACGUGGUGACGCACUCCAGCGACCGACCCUUCAAAUGCGGAUACUGCGGCCGAGCGUUCGCCGGCGCCACGACGCUCAACAACCACAUCCGCACGCACACGGGAGAGAAGCCGUUCAAGUGCGAGCGCUGCGACCGUAGCUUCACGCAGGCCACCCAGCUCAGCCGCCACCAGCGACUCCCCAACGAGUGCAAACCGGUGAACGAGAGCAGCGAGUCCAUCGAGGUGGAUUAACCUCCGACCGCUCAGCGCCACGUUCACAUCAAUCAACCGUUUCCUCGCGGCUUCAAGCCUCCGUCCACACUCGGACCUUUUCUCCACCCGAGCUGCACCGGGUUUCUCACUGUUUCUAGGUUCUCAUCUUAUUUCUCUGCUGGUAGUGACACCGCACAGCUCACAGGGAAACUCGCGGCCUCGAUCAAUUGCUGCAGUUAAUGAGUUCACAACGUAGACGGCAGAUGGUUUGCAGAUCGGAGCUGUUGCCUCUGGAAAUUAGCUUCACUGUGCUCAAGUCCAAACUGUGAGAGGAGAUAAUUAAAGGCCCAGAAAAGCCCGGAGACAAAACCUGAGCUGUACAAUAUGACGGUUCAGUCUUUCUGCUUCUGCAUCGGAUCCUCUCAGACCUUUUUAUCGUCCACGUCUCCACUCAGAGAAGCUCAUAUUUAACUUCAGGAUGUGCUGCAGAAAUAGAAACCAGCAAAUACUGAUUCAUUAGUCAAAUUAUUGAUCUGAAAUCAACUCACAAACAAACUCAAACCCUCGUUUGAGUUUGUUUGUGACGUCUGUCGCUCGUGAUGUGAAAAAGUUAAACUCUUGAUCCGAUCUGAGAUUAUAAUUAAAAAAAUCCAACUCCAGGCGAGUGUUACUUCCCCUGAGGUCUGGUUCCUGGUGUUUAAGUUAAAGUUCCUCUUUAAACGUCCUGAACGAGCAGGUGCAGCUGGUGACGGAGUUUCUUUGUGGACGGAGACGAGUGGAAGCGUCUGGAAGCCGAGGUUGAUGUGAACGUGGUGCGUUUACUGACCGACCACAUUCAUCCCGCUGGAGAGAAUCGAUUCAUCCAAACCAAAGAUCUGUUUUCUGUUCUUCUUCUCUUGUUUCCGUCGGAGGAGUCGGACUUAACGGACGUAGCUUUUCCAUGAGGAUAUUUAUUGGAGACGUUUGGGACCUUGACGUGUUUCCAUCCAAAGAAAAACUCUUUUCUCCAAACCGGGACGAAAGCAGUGAAAUACCAAAAAAACUCAGGCGGGCGGACGUUGUGUCCGUUCGUCUGUCUGUAGCUUUACUUCUUCUUUUUAUCUUUUUGCAGCAGCGAAGCCAAAGUGGACGCGACCAAAGCAAAACAGACUGAGGAUGCACAACGACACAAACGAGUUUCACAGCACAAACAAAACCACGAGGACGAGUCUGAACCCUAUAAAAAAAGACACAUAAAUUAUAUUUAUCUUCCUACUCAUAUCAGGCUUCUGGCACUUUUGUUUUUAAAUGUUGAUAAUUUAAUUUCAGCAGCUCUAAUGUAAAGUUAACGGAGGGAAAUACUGAAGAGAUAACGUGUGUAAUUUCUUAUAGAAAUAAUCCGACGGUUCAUGAAGAAAAGUGAAGUGGACGCAGCACAAAGGACGUCAGCUCCAGACUCUUCUCAUCUUCAUCGACUGAUGUCGUCACAUAUAUUUACUACACAGUUCAUGUUGGAAUCAGCCUCAGAUGUGUAAAUAUUUCUGUCAUUACGACACUUUGUAUUAAAACGAGUGGAGGUUAAACGCACA